CCCUGCUGCGGUGGUGUUCUUAUUCUAAGACUUUUUUUAUCGCUCUUUAAUUCAACCAACACAUUUAUCUCAGGGUUUGCGCUUCAUUGUAUACCGUGGCUCGUCAGACAGGGGUAUAUCAUCUGCGGGAAUUUCUGCUUAAACGGGGUUGAGAUCAUGCAGGUGAGCAUGCAUGCUGACAAUGUAGGGCUUAUCGCAGGAUUGCAAUAGAUCCUACGUAAAGAUUUCCCUCAGACUUAGCCCAUCCUCAAUUCUCUCGACUUGAUCUUUGCGAUCAUCAAUGGUUGAAAUCUGGCGGUAUGAGUCAACUUCCGACGACUGAAGAUGAAAUCCUGGCGACAGGUGUCAUCAACUCUGAAUUUGAGAAAGCGGUCAAGGCCAAACAGAUGCCUCCAGGCUCAUUCUACACCAUUAAGAUAUUGAAAGAAAUAACUGAAGCCUCACUUCCCUGGACUCAGAAAAAGCUCCAACAAAACCGGCCAUUUAAUCUGACGGAAUACGAGCGCUUGGUCGCGCUUGAUAAUGGCCAUCGCUCCCGUCUGUUAUUUUGUCAUCGGAAAGACAUUCAACCGACAGCAAAGUGUCCCCUGAUUGUCCUCAUGCACGGCGGGGGGCAUUGCGUCGGGAAUCCAGAGUCCGAAAUACCACUUGCGCGCCGCCUCGCACUGGACCAUAAUGCUAUAGUGGUCCUACCAUCUUAUCGCCUGGCUCCCGAACAUCCAUUUCCAGCUUCAGUAGUAGACUGCUGGGCUAUAGUCAAGUACCUAGCUGCGGAGUGGCUUCAUCCACGAACGCCGCAAUCUCCCUUUCUGCCUCCACAAUGCGACCUCUCCUACGGGUUCAUUGUAGCCGGUAGUAGCGCGGGUGCAAACCUUGCAGCAUCAGUCGCUCACUUGGCACGGGAUCAAAAGCUGAAUCCGCCAUUGACCGGACAGAUGCUUAUGGCGGGGACGUUCAUCAGCUAUAUGCACGUGCCAAAACGAUAUCAACCAUACUACCUGUCUCGUGAACAGAAUAGAGAUGCCCCGUUGCUCGACCUAGACAUGUGUGAUAUUUUCCAGGAUGCGUUCCAACCAGAUUAUCAGUCGCCGCUAUGGGCUCUCUUUGACCAGCAUCACCCGCUUGAUCAAAACCUCAAUGACCCAUCUGAUCCAGCAGUCAAGCAUGGGCACAUGGGAUUGCCGCCGGCCUACUUUCAAAUUUGUGGUUUGGACGUCAGUAGAGAUGACAGUCUGAUCUACGAGCGAGUUCUCAGGGAGGAGUGUGAUGUGACAACUAGAGCUGAUUUGUAUUCGGGCUACGCCCAUACAUGGUGGACCAUGUUCCCAGAACUAAAGGCAUCCCGGAAGCGAGAGGAUGAUGCUGCGGCAGGAGUCGGAUGGCUGUUGGGAUUGCAGCAGUCACAUAGCCAGUCAAAGUGAAGGUUCUAUAACCUGGAAGACUUCAUACUUGUGGUAAUCAUCUUUGGGGAUAAAGUUUUCUCUACAGUUUAACGCUAUUCCUAACAUCAAACACCCCACUAGAGCCCAAUAUCUAGAGUUUAUUUACAACGACUGUCAACCGAAAUGGAGGAAUUCAUAUGAGCAACGCUGUACAAAGUGCACGCAAAAACACGGUUGCUCAUGCGAAUACCUUGUCCGCGAUGUUUUGAUGGACAAGGAAGCAAUGUUUGAAGGCAAGCGGUUGACCUGGGCGAAGUCAUUAUCAAGCUCACCAAAAACUAGCCGCCGACCCUUGAGGGAGUUACGACGUUAGAAUAGGCCGUCAGUAAGCCUCGCCUUACUGCAUUAAAUGGAUGUUGACUUUUUUGGCGUUCACAUCACUCCAUAUUCUUUGUACAUAGUACCUUUUGUUCGUUUCAUGAGCCUAGUUGGCUG